CGCCCCUAUCCGAACUUCCACGCCGCGCCCUGCCCAGUCCGUGCCAGCUUCCACGGCGGCGUUAGAGGCCACGGCGGAGGCGCAGCCGGCGGCUCAUUGGUGGAUCUGGCUGUGGUUUACUGGGAGGUGGCAGUGGCUUAGGAGGUGCAGAGCAGAGGCGUUGGUGCCGGCCAUUCGCGUAGCAGCGAUUUGCGGCCACGGCGGCGGUGAUUUGUGGCCACGGCGGCGGCGUAGGUGACCGGCAGCUGGUGUUUGCGGCGAAGACGUUGUUUGACCCGGUGCCGGUGGCGUUUGCGGCGGAGGUGGAGGAGGCAAAGGGGGCUGCCGUGGUGUGUGUUCUGCCUGGCUUCGUGAAGGCUUCCCUGCAUAGUAUCCAUUGGCACCCACAUUUGACUUUGUCUGAUGGAUAGAAGUUGGGUGCAUGGUGUACUUUUUACAAGUCAGUAUGUUUAUGGUGUGACCUCUUUCAUGAACUUCAUCAAAGAGAGGUUUAAUGAGUCAGAAGAAAUUUUGUGCCCAUGUAAGACUUGUUUGAACCAGAAGUAUAUGCCCCAAAGUGAUGUGCAGAGACACCUACUGCUCAAUGGCAUGUGCAGUACAUAUACAAGGUGGAUACUCCAUGGAGAGAGCAGCAAUAUUCAUGUUUUGGAGGAACCAGUGCCUUAAGAUGGAAAUGAUAACUCUUUGGAGGAACCAGUGCCUGCUGACGAUGGAUUUGAUGGGAUGUUAAGGGACCUUGUCGGCUCUGAACAUGUACCUGAGGAUGGACAUGAAGAUGGAAACCCAUCCACUGAUGCUGCAUCACGAUUCAAAGUUCUGAUUGAAGAGGCUAAGCGUGAUCUAUAUCCCGGUUGCACCAAUUUCUCAAGGUUGACAUUUGUGAUCAAGCUGCUCCAUGUCAAGUCAUACUAUAGGAUCACUAACUCAGCAUUUUCAGUAUUUUUGAAGAUAUUGUCAGAAGCUUUCCCAGAGUUCAACACUAUCCCUAAAUCAUAUGAUGAAGCAAAGAAAAUGCUACGUGAUUUGGGACUUGGUUAUACAUCAAUUCAUGUUUGCCCGAACAAUUGUGUGCUAUUUAGGAACGAUUAUGCAGAACAUGAUAAUUGUCCAGUUUGUGAUGCCUCAAGAUGGAAAGAUCCUGAGAAAAAGAAGGUUCCUGCAAAGGUAUUGCGGCAUUUUCCAUUGAUCCCUAGGCUACAAAGGUUGUUUAUUUCGAAGAAAUCAUCUGAGGAAGUACAAUGGCAUAAGUUGAAGAGGAAACACAAUGAGAAGGAAAUGACCCAUCCCGCAGAUGGAAAGGCAUGGGAAGAUUUUGACCAGUGCUGGCCUGAUUUUGCCCAAGAUGCACGGAACCUAAGACUUGGACUUGCCACAGAUGGCUUCAACCCUUUUAACAACAUGAGUUCAUCUUAUAGCAUGUGGCCAGUUUUUGUCAUUCCAUACAACUUACCACCUUGGUUGUGCAUGCAAAAAUCUAAUUUCAUGAUGUCUUUGUUGAUUCCUGGUCCUCAUUCACCAGGGAAGACCUUUGAUAUUUUCUUGCAGCCACUUGUAGAAGAUUUACUUCAGCUAUGGUCUGGUGUGGAUACUUUUGAUGCUUUGACCGGAAAAGAUUUUAACCUUCGUGUUGUAGUCUUGUGGUGCAUUCAUGACUAUCCAGCACUGAGUACUUUAUCUGGCCGUACCACAAGUGGUUAUUUUGCUUGUCUCCAUUGUGACAAAAACCCUAUGUCCUAUGCCAUAAGGAGCAAACUAUGUUAUAUUGGACACAGUCGUUUCCUUCCAAGAGGUCAUCGUUUGCGUAAGGCAAGUGAUUUUGAGUCUCUCCAUAGUAGUAGUGCAAAGCCAGGUACUUUCACCAAAGAAGAGCUGCUAGAAGAAUUAGAAAAGGUUAGAGAUGUAAGAGUUGGAGAGAAAAGGAAGCAUUCUGGGAAUCGUGUGCCAAUUUGGGGUAGAAGGGUAUGUUUAUGGGACUUACCCUAUUGGCAAUCUCUAAAGCUCAGACAUAAUCUUGAUGUCAUGCACAUUGAAAAAAAUUUGUGUGAAAGCUUGGUUGGUACCAUUCUUGACAUCAAAGGGAAGUCAAAAGAUAACUAUCCUUUUCGACAAUCUGUGACCAAAUCCAUCGUCAUGUAA